CGUUGAGUGAGCAACUGUUCGUCGAUCGGACUUUCGUUGUCCCGGCGUCUGAAAAUGCGGUCCUUCGGUUCGUUUCUACUUCUGCUUGCGAUCACCGUCGUCACAGCUGAUGUCUACUUCGAGGAAAAGUUCCUCGACGAUUCCUGGGAGAAGAACUGGGUCUAUUCUGAGCACCCAGGAAAGGAAUUUGGAAAGUUUGUUCUGAGCCAUGGAAAGUUCUGGAAUGAUCCAGAGAAUGACAAAGGUAUCCAAACCUCUCAGGACGCAAGAUUCUAUGCCCUAAGCAGGAAGUUCAAACCCUUCAGCAACAAGGACAAGCCACUUGUCAUCCAAUUCACUGUUAAACAUGAACAGAACAUUGAUUGUGGAGGUGGAUAUCUGAAAGUAUUCGACUGUGGACUGGAACAGAAAGAUAUGCAUGGAGAGAGUCCAUAUCAGAUUAUGUUUGGACCUGAUAUUUGUGGACCUGGAACAAAGAAAGUUCAUGUAAUCUUUAGCUAUAAGAGCAAGAAUCUCCUUAUCAAUAAAGACAUCCGCUGCAAGGAUGAUGUUUACACACACUUGUACACACUGAUAGUCAAGCCUGACAAUACAUACAAGGUACUUAUUGACAACGAGGAGGUCGAAUCUGGAGAACUAGAGGCUGACUGGGAGUUCCUUCCACCAAAGAAGAUCAAGGACCCGUCUCAGAGCAAACCGGACGAUUGGGAUGACGAACCAACCAUCCCUGACCCUGAUGACCAAAAACCAGAAGUCUGGGACAAGCCUGAGCACAUUCCUGAUCCUGAGGCCAACAAACCUGAAGAUUGGGAUGAUGAAAUGGAUGGCGAAUGGGAAGCCCCCAUGAUUGAUAACCCGGAAUACAAGGGUGAAUGGAAACCGAAACAGAUUGACAACCCUAAUUACAAGGGACCGUGGAUUCAUCCAGAGAUUGAUAACCCUGACUAUACACCCGACCCUGAAUUAUAUAAGAGGGACGAAAUUUGCGCUAUUGGUUUCGAUCUUUGGCAAGUGAAGUCAGGAACGAUUUUUGACAACGUUCUGAUCACAGACGACCCUGAAGUCGCUCGCAAAUUCGGCGAAGAAGUCUGGAAACCCACUUUGGAGGGUGAGAAGAAGAUGAAGGAAGCUCAAGACGCAGAGGAAAUAAAGCAAAGAGAAAAGGAGAGCAAAGAGAACGAAGAUAACAAGGAUGAUGACGAGGAUGAGGAUGCGGAUGAGGAGGACAACAGUGUCCCUGAUGCUGAAGAGCAUGACGAAUUGUAAAUAGUGUGUCGUGAUUGACACGAACACAGACUGUAUUCCAGGAGCUGUGUGGCCGCGACACGCACCAACUUCCCACGAGAAACAAAAAAUCACGUUGCGACAAGAAAUUGCCAUAAAAUCGAACGGGGGAUUCAUUAGCUCGAAUUGAUCGAAAACCAGACCCGACACCACGUAUUAAAUUUUCAGAAAAUUUUCAAACAGUGAGAUUCAAAGAUUUUUCUCUCUCUCUCUCUCUCUCUCUUUUUUUUUUUUUGAUGCAAACAUGGCCUCGUAUUCGCGCAGCCUACACACUUUUUAACCUAGUCUUCGAUCGAUCGUUUGUUCGUUCAUAAUCCCUUCACCCCCAUCUAUCCAUGGAAAAUUCAUCAGUGAGAAAAAACAUUGUGUGUCGAGAAAAGGGCAAAGAGAAAAGAAACAAAAAUCAAAGUGCUCAUUUUGUGUGCUGCAAUUGAAAGAACACAUACACAGACGCAUUAUAUAUACAUACACAAUGCAUAUAUAAUAUAUAUGUAUUAUAUAAAUAGAGUCAUCUUGCCCCGU